AGAAAGGCAUUUGAAGCGCACGACGGCGUGGGAAGAGCACAGAAGAGAAAGACAAGGGCGAAAAGAGGAGAGACUAGGCGGCGAAUUCCAGGCGCCUCUUUUUGAGAUAUUUUCUACCAUUCUUUCCUCGAUUCUACGAUCGAAUUCGAAUCUGUAGUUUACCCUGUUGACGAUCGAUCUGUCGAGAGCGUUCGAAUCUUGUUCUCUCUCUCUCUCUCUUCCGAUCUAGGGUUUGUUUUUACGAGGCUCUAUUGGAGGGUUAGGUUUUGGCGUUCGAUCUCUUUGCAUGCUCGUUGAGGGCGAUAAAGGGCGACAAUGACGUCUUUCUAUCCUGGUCAUGCCAAUGCGACUCAGGUAGGAACGUACUUUGUGUGUCAGUACUAUCAGAUUCUUCAACAGCAACCGGAUUCCGUCCAUCAGUUCUAUACGAAUCUGAGCUCCAUGGUGCGAUCUGAUGGGGCUGCGACAGAGUCUGCUCAAGGGAUGCUGCAAAUUCACAAUCUUGUCAUGUGCUUAAACUUUAAUGGGAUUGAAAUCAAAACAGCCCAUUUUUUGGAAUCUUGGAAUGGAGGCGUGUUGGUGAUGGUUUCUGGAUAUGUGCAGCUGAAAGAAUAUAUUAUCAGGAGAAAAUUUGUGCAGACAUUUUUCCUUGCUCCUCAAGAGAAAGGGUACUUUGUUCUUAAUGACAUCUUUCAUUUUCUUGAGGAGGAACAUGUACAUCAGCUCCCGGAGUCUGUGUUGGUUCAUGGUGACUUUGAGACCAAACAAGAUGCAACCAACUCUUUGCCAGAGCCAGUUUCUGGCUACACAGUAGCAGAACAAAUUCAGGCUGAGAAUUUUGUGUCUCCGGUUGAUGCAGAAGAAAAUGACUCAAGUGAUAAUAAUACCAUUGAUGAAGUGCCACAGGAAUUUCCUGUUUGUGAUGAAAGAGAAGAUGAAACUCCUCCAGAAGAGCGUACUAUGACACAUCCAAAUGCAAUAAACAACUUAAGGGACCUAUCUCCUACUGCAGAAGAACCAGUAGCAGAAGCAGGGAGGCAAACUUAUGCUUCCAUUCUCCAAGCUAAGGGACAAGCUGGACCUCACCCUACGUCUUUAACCAAGAACUCUCUGGUGGCUCCAGACAGGCAUCACAAACCACCACCAACCACCCAACAAUUGCGAUCUGCCCUGGUAACAGAGAAGUCUAGCUCAAUGUCAGUUGAUGAAGCUCUACUAGUUGAGGAUGAAGGUUUCUAUCUAUAUCAAAGGGAAGAAAGAUCAGUCUAUGUCGGAAAUCUUCCAUCAUCCAUUUCAACUUCCGACCUUGAGCUGGAGUUUAAAAACUUUGGGAGACUUAAACCAGAUGGUGUUUCCAUUAGGAGCCGCAAGGAGGCUGGUGUCUUUUAUGCUUUCAUCGAGUAUGAAGAUGCCACUGGAGUACAGAAUGCACUUAAGGCAUCUCCAAUACAGUUAAAUGGGCGACUGAUUCAUGUUGAGGAGAGAAGACCAAACGGGGGUGCUUCAAGAGGAAGAAGGAGCCGAGGAAGAGGUGGAUAUCAGUCUGAAGUUCCACGGGGACGUUUUGGUGGUCGAAGUUUUGGCAGGGUUGUGGCACAAGAAAUCGGUUAUAAGGAUUAUAACAGUCGCCUGAGAGGAAAUGGAAACCUCCAGCGAGGUCCACGCCAACAACGGGGCAUCUUGGGGAGUCAAGCUCCAAGAAAUGGGCACAACCCAGCAGAAGCUUUGUUUUAGAUAUCUAUUAUGUUAAUGCAUGCAUAUAUUGCGGCCAGCUUCUGCCAAGAGCUGCAAUAAAGUUAUUCUUCUCUCUUUAUAGAGUGUCAAUUUUGUGUUAGCAUUUUAUUAGCGGGUAUUCAGAAGCAGCCCAAUGUUUAUUUUCGCUUUUAGUCUUUUGACUCUUUA